AUGGCGUCAUCCGCCAUUCGCCCGGCCGGGCGCAGCGUCGAGUUCUUCAACGAAGAACGAUUUUCGCUCCUCCGCCGAAGUGCCGAUGUGCCCGACGACUUCGUGAAUGAAGGAUGGUCCUUCGAGAGCCUCACCGGAGGCGGUGGAAAGGGUGGAACUCUCAUGGCCAAAGUGGGCGACUAUGUAGUAAAGGAGCUCAGCAAAGGCGACCACCGUACGCUGCUGGAGGUGUCUGGGAGUCUGUGUGAACACAUUCUCGGUGGGCCCUCCUUGCUUUGCCCAAUCUAUCUCCAUUUCAGAGAUGUGGCCAGCAAUCGGAUGUUCUUCGUCAUGCAGAAUGCUAUUGGAUCGGGCCCAUUCCAGGUCCUCUACGAUCUGAAGGGCUGUGCAGACGACAAGCUGCUAGAGAAAGAGGGCGUCAAAGUCCGUGCCGUUCACAAACGUGUAUGGAAUUUGCCGAUGUGGUGCUCCUGUACAUGGAGUCAGGCGAGGCGGCGCUACUACGCCGGCAAGUGCGAAGCACGGCAGGUGAAGAUCCCCUUGCUCCCGAGUCAGCGCGACGCUUUCCUCGAGGCUCUUCGCCGCGACGUUUCGUGGCUUGGAGGCCAUCAGCUCAUGGAUUACAGCUUGCUUGUUGGGAUCCAGGAGAGCACCGGGCCCGGCUUCUCCCCGCGAGUGGGCCGGCCGUAUGUUCAGCCCGGAAGGGGCGGUCAAACAACAGCGGUGUACAUCUCCAUCAUCGACUUCCUGCAGAAGUGGACCAUGGGAAAACGAGUUGCGAGGGUCCUGAAAGUCUUGGAGCAGAACAAAGCUACGAUUCCGCCGAAGAGCUAUGCUGCCCGCUUUGCUGUCCACUUCACGCAGAGCGUGAUGCUGGUGGAGAACCCUGAAGAUGUGGAGCUACCGCCAAUGACGGAGAAGCUGCCACACUUUACACCUCCGCCAAAGGCGGAGGAAGAGGAGGAUCUUUUCAACCCGGUCCCAGUGGAGCCGCUGGAGAUUUCCGGCGUCGUCCCCAAGGUCCCCGCGGUGGUUGGGGCGACCGAAGCCGAGGAAUCCCUUCUGGACAUCUCGAAGCAGGAGGAGCUCGGACAGUUCUUCUCAGAGGACAAUGGGGUGGUCGAGCACACAGCCCUGGAGGGCAACGCCGCUGCACGGCACUGUUGCAGCUCCUGGAUGCUACGGCAGGCAUCCUGCGUGUGA